UCUGUACUACCUAGAUAUUACUUCUAUCAUCACUAUUUGUUCGGGCUCCCACUCUUCAGGUCCCUUUCUUCUUAAAGGCGCAAUGCCUUGCUAUAACUUCAAAUCAACUUGAAAGUGAAGCCGGAUAGAACGAAGGAGCCCUCCUACCUAAUAGGUGGAGAUAUUGUGCUUGACUUGGUCGCCGAGAGAAAGGGAUGAGAGAUGUCUGACAAAAUGUCGAGUUUUCUUCACAUUGGAGAUAUCGUCUCCUUGUACUCGGAAGGAUCUGUCAAUGGGUUCAUCAGUACUUUAGGCCUUGUAGAUGACCGAUGUGUGGUGCAGCCAGAUGCUGGAGACUUGAACAACCCACCUAAGAAAUUCAGAGACUGUCUCUUUAAGCUAUGCCCCAUGAACCGAUACUCUGCUCAGAAACAGUUCUGGAAAGCAGCUAAGCCUGGGGGCAAUACAACUACAGAUGCAGUGCUGCUCAAUAAGCUACACCACGCUUCGGACCUGGAAAAGAAACAGAAUGAAUCUGAAAACCGGAAGCUGCUCGGAACAAUUAUUCAAUACGGCAAUGUUAUUCAGCUGUUGCAUCUGAAAAGCAAUAAGUACCUGACUGUAAACAAGAGAUUACCAGCCCUAUUAGAGAAGAAUGCUAUGAGGGUUACACUGGAUGCUGCUGGCAAUGAAGGCUCCUGGUUUUACAUCCAGCCAUUCUACAAGCUGCGGUCCAUAGGCGACAGUGUUGUGAUCGGAGACAAAGUGGUAUUGAACCCAGUCAAUGCUGGACAGCCACUACACGCCAGCAAUUGUGAACUCGUUGACAAUCCUGGUUGUAAAGAGGUCAACUCUGUGAAUUGCAACACUAGUUGGAAAAUUGUUCUUUUCAUGAAAUGGAGUGAUAAUAAGGAAGAUAUUUUGAAAGGGGGUGAUGUUGUGAGAUUAUUUCAUGCUGAGCAGGAGAAGUUUCUGACCUGCGAUGAGUAUCGCAAGAAACAGUAUGUAUUCCUCCGGACCACUGGUCGACAAUCUGCAACAUCAGCAACAAGCUCCAAAGCAUUAUGGGAGGUUGAGGUAGUUCAGCAUGACCCAUGUCGUGGAGGAGCUGGACAUUGGAACAGCCUCUUCAGGUUCAAACACUUGGCCACUGGAAACUAUUUGGCUGCUGAGGUUGGCGAUGCAAACCCGGAUUACCAAGAAGAUUGUCAAGACUCCCGCUCUUCGAUUGACUCUGAUCAGGAGGCCAUGAGAAACAGAAUACGCAGUCUCCAAGAGAAGGUGAUGUACACAUUGGUGUCUGUGCCUGAAGGGAAUCAUAUCUCUUCCAUCUUCGAGCUCGAUACAACUACUCUGCAAAGAGGGGACUCGCUUGUUCCGAGGAAUUCUUACGUUAGACUCCGGCAUCUCUGCACAAACACAUGGGUUCACAGCACAAAUAUUCCAAUUGAUAAAGAUGAAGAGAGGCCUGUUAUGUUGAAGAUUGGCACCUCUCCAACUAAAGAAGAUAAAGAAGCAUUUGCUAUUGUACCUGUUUCACCAGCUGAAGUGAGAGACUUGGACUUCGCCAACGAUGCCAGCAAGGUAUUGGCCUCAAUAGCUGGCAAGCUUGAGAAGGGCACCAUUACUCAGAAUGAAAGACGCUUUGUCACAAAGCUUCUGGAAGAUUUGGUGUUCUUUGUUGCGGAUGUUCCAAAUUCAGGUCAAGAUGUGCUUGAAGUGGUCAUCAACAAACCAAACAGAGAGCGACAAAAGCUUAUGAGAGAGCAAAAUAUUCUGAAACAGAUCUUUAAGCUGCUCCAGGCCCCAUUCACAGACAGCGGUGAUGGCCCUAUGCUGAGGUUGGAGGAGCUCGGAGAUCAGAGGCAUGCUCCAUUCCGCCAUAUCUGCAGGCUGUGUUACCGCGUGCUGAGACACUCCCAGCAGGACUACAGAAAGAACCAGGUAUCAGGGCUACAAUGGGAUGAUUUUUAUCUUCCGGAAGAUGCUUCUGACUGCAGUCUGACUUGUGAACUGUUUCUUCUUUUCAGGUUUCUAGACUACCUCUCUGACCUGUGUGUGUCCAACAACACAGCCAUUCCAGUUACCCAGGAGCUCAUCUGCAAGGCUGUGCUGAAUCCAGCUAAUGGAGACAUUCUUAUUGAGACAAAGCUAGUCUUGUCCAGAGUGGAAUUUGAAGUGGAGAAUGGUGGGGAAAGUCGGCUUGAAGUGGGUGAAGAUGAGGAAGUUUGGCUCUUCUGGAAUGACAGCUGCAAAGAGCUACGCAGCAAGAGUAUCCGGGAAUUAGCUCAGGAUGCCAAGGAGGGACAAAAAGAGGACCAGGAGGUUCUCAGCUAUUAUAGAUACCAACUGAACUUGUUUGCUCGGAUGUGCUUGGAUCGUCAGUAUUUGGCCAUCAAUGCAGUCUCUGGACAGCUGGACGUGGAUCUGAUCCUUCGUUGCAUGUCCGAUGAGAACUUGCCCUAUGACCUCCGAGCCUCUUUCUGUCGCCUGAUGUUACACAUGCAUGUCGAUCGAGAUCCCCAGGAACAGGUGACUCCAGUGAAGUAUGCCCGCCUGUGGUCUGAAAUACCAUCCCAGAUAGCCAUCGAUGAUUAUGAUUCCAGUGGGACAUCCAGAGAUGAAAUAAAAGAACGUUUUGCUCAGACUAUGGCAUUUGUGGAGGAAUAUUUGAGAGAUGUUGUCUGCCAAAGGUUUCCCUUCUCUGAUAAGGAGAAGAACAAGCUGACAUUUGAGGUUGUGAAUUUGGCUCGAAAUCUGAUCUACUUUGGCUUCUACAGUUUUAGUGAUCUCCUGAGGUUGACUAAAAUAUUACUGGCCAUUUUGGACUGUGUUCACAUGGCAACAGUUUUCCCAAUCAGCAAACUGGUGAAAGGGGAUGACAACAGAGGCAGUAAUGUGAUGAGGUCGAUUCAUGGAGUUGGCGAGUUGAUGACCCAAGUGGUUUUGAGGGGAGGUGGUUUUCUGCCUUUGACUCCCAUUACGCCACAGGAUGGGUCAACCAAGCAACAGACUGAGCCCGAGAAGGAGGAUAUUUUAGUCAUGGACACAAAGCUAAAAACAAUUGAGAUCUUGCAGUUCAUCCUGAAUGUUCGUUUGGAUUACAGAAUCUCCUGCCUUCUGUCCAUAUUUAAACGAGAGUUUGAUGAAAGCAAUGCACAUCAUCAAUCAACUGACUCCCCACCAAGUAUCGGAUCAGCUUCUCAGGAGGGUGCAAGUAACGUUCCAGGGACACUAGAUUUUGAGCACAUUGAGGAACAGGCUGAAGGGAUCUUUGGUGGAAGUGAUGAAAACACUCCAUUAGACCUGGAUGAUCAUGGAGGCAGAACAUUUCUACGGGUCUUGCUUCACCUCACGAUGCAUGACUAUCCACCCCUCGUGUCAGGAGCCCUCCAUCUCCUAUUUCGACACUUCAGUCAGAGGCAAGAAGUUCUUCAAGCAUUUAAACAGGUCCAACUGCUUGUCACCAGCCAGGAUGUGGAAAACUACAAACAGAUCAAAGCUGACCUGGACCAACUGAGGUUGCUGGUGGAGAAGUCAGAGCUGUGGGUCUACAAGGGCCAUGCCCAUGACGAGGUGAUGGAAGCGGGUGAGAGUUCCACGAGCAGCAGUGAACUGAAGAAGAAGAAGGAGGGCGACUUUGCGAAAGGUCAGAUCGCCAGCUCUGAUGUGGUGCCCACAAUUGAAAGCACCAGCAGCAAGAACUAUAGAGUCAUAAAGGAGGUUUUGAUCCGACUCAGCAAGUUGUGCGUGCAAGAAGGCUCGUCCGUGAGGAAGAGCCGCAAGCAGCAGCAGAGACUACUGAGGAACAUGGGGGCCCAUACUGUCGUCCUUGACCUUCUGCAGAUUCCCUAUGAAAAGGCUGAGGACAUUCGAAUGCAAGACAUCAUGAAGCUGGCACACAAGUUUCUGCAGAACUUCUGCGCUGGUAACCCGCAGAACCAAGCUCUCCUUCACAAGCACAUCAACCUUUUCCUGACUCCAGGGAUUCUGGAAGCUGUGACCAUGCAGCACAUUUUCAUGAAUAACUACCAGCUGUGCAGUGAGAUAAAUGAGCGCGUGGUGCAACACUUUGUCCACUGCAUUGAGACUCACGGCCGCAACGUCCAGUACCUCAAGUUCCUACAGACCAUCGUGAAGGCGGAAGGCAAGUUCAUAAAGAAGUGUCAGGACAUGGUAAUGGCUGAGCUGGUGAACGCUGGAGAAGAUGUUCUGAUUUUCUACAAUGACCGAGCCUCAUUCCAAACCUUGGUGCAGAUGAUGCGCUCUGAGCGUGAUCGGAUGGAUGAGAACAGUCCUCUCAUGUACCAUAUUCACUUGGUGGAGCUGCUGGCAGUCUGCACUGAGGGCAAGAAUGUCUACACUGAGAUUAAGUGCAACUCCCUUUUGCCCCUAGAUGACAUUGUAAGAGUAUCAACUCAUGAGGACUGCAUACCUGAAGUGAAGAUUGCCUACAUUAACUUCCUCAAUCACUGCUAUGUGGACACAGAGGUGGAGAUGAAGGAAAUUUACACAAGCAACCACAUGUGGAAGCUUUUUGAGAACUUUCUUGUUGAUAUAUGCAGGGUGUGUAACAAUACGAGUGACCGAAAGCAUGCUGACAAUGUCCUAGAGAGAUACGUCACUGAGACUGUCAUGAGUAUCGUCACAACUUUCUUCAGCUCCCCCUUUUCUGAUCAAAGCACAAGUUUGCAGACUCGUCAACCUAUCUUUGUGCAAUUGUUGCAAGGGGUGUUCAGAGUGUACCACUGCCCUUGGCUGUCGGCUACUCAGAAAGCUUCUGUGGAGAGCUGCAUUAAGGUGCUGUCAGAAGUAGCCAAGAGCAGAGCCAUAGCAAUCCCUGUGGACUUGGACAGUCAGGUCAACAAUCUCUUCCUCAAGUCGCACAACAUUGUUCAGAAGACUGCCAUGAGCUGGCGAAUGUCAGCCCGCAAUGCUGCUAGGAGAGACUCUGUCCUUGCCGCCUCACGGGAUUAUCGGAAUAUAAUCGAGCGAUUGCAGGAUAUAGUGUCAGCACUCGAAGAUAGGCUCCGUCCCCUGGUGCAAGCAGAACUCUCUGUUCUGGUGGAUGUCCUUCAUCGGCCUGAGCUGCUUUUCCCAGAGAACACAGAAGCACGGCGCAAGUGUGAAAGUGGAGGGUUUAUCUGCAAGCUGAUUAAACACACAAAACAGUUGUUGGAAGAGAAUGAAGAGAAGUUAUGCAUCAAGGUUCUCCAGACUCUCCGAGAAAUGAUGACUAAGGACCGAGGCUAUGGCGAGAAGCUCAUUGCAUUUGACGAUGAAUUGGAUGUGCCGGAGCAGGAACUUGAUCAAAACCUGCCCCAGAAACAGCUGGAGGAUCAGAAACGGGGUGAAGCUCUAAGGCAGAUCUUGGUCAAUCGUUACCACGGCAACGUCCGGUCAGUAGGUAGAAGAGACAGCUUGACUAAUUUUCAUAAUGGCCCACUGUCAGCAGGAGGGAUCAACAAAUCCCUUGAACGAGGAAGUGGUGCAGGACCGGGCACACUGAGCAGAGGUGAAAUGAGCCUUGCAGAAGUACAAUGUCACUUGGACAAAGAAGGAGCAUCAGACCUAGUCAUAGACCUCAUCAUGAAUGCCACCAGUGACCGGGUCUUUCAUGAAAGUAUCCUACUUGCAAUUGCUCUACUGGAAGGGGGCAACACUACAAUUCAGCAUUCGUUUUACUGCCGCUUGACAGAAGAUAAGAAGUCUGAGAAAUUCUUCAAGGUGUUUUAUGACCGGAUGAAGCUUGCACAGCAAGAGAUCAAAGCCACAGUGACUGUAAAUACCAGCGACCUUGGCAAUAAGAAGAAAGACGAUGAAUCUUCAGAGAGGGACGUGCCAGUGCGAAGAAGAGCCAAAGAGCCUUCAGCACAACUCAGUGAUGAAGUAAGAGACCAGCUGCUCGAGGCAUCUGCUGCCACGCGCAAGGCCUACAACACCUUCCGUCGGGAGGCUGACCCAGAGGACCACUUUGCUGCCGCGGACGGCAACCAAACAGCUGCAGAGAAAAACAAAGAUGAUGGCGAGAUGAGUGCUGUGAUUGCCAUCAUGCAGCCAAUCCUUCGGUUCAUGCAGCUUCUCUGUGAAAACCAUAACCGAGAUCUUCAGAACUUCUUGAGAUGUCAAAACAACAAGACUAAUUACAACCUGGUCUGUGAGACACUGCAAUUCCUGGAUUGCAUCUGUGGUAGCACCACGGGUGGGCUGGGCCUUCUGGGACUCUACAUCAAUGAGAAAAAUGUGUCCCUCAUCAAUCAGACACUGGAGAGCUUAACUGAAUACUGUCAAGGACCCUGCCAUGAGAACCAGAACUGCAUUGCCACCCAUGAAUCGAAUGGAAUUGACAUCAUCAUUGCGUUGAUUCUGAAUGAUAUCAAUCCUCUGGGGAAAAAACGAAUGGACCUCGUACUAGAAUUGAAGAAUAAUGCCUCUAAACUGCUACUGGCAAUCAUGGAGAGCAGGCAUGACAGUGAGAAUGCAGAGAGGAUACUUUACAACAUGAGGCCCAAGGAACUGGUGGAAGUGAUCAAGAAAGCCUACCUCCAAGGAGAGGUAGAGUUUGAGGAAACAGAGGAUGGUGAGGAUCAUGCCGCAUCGCCCCGGAAUGUUGGCCACAAUAUUUACAUUCUUGCACACCAGUUGGCACGUCAUAACAAAGAACUGCAGCAAAUGCUGAAGCCUGGAAGUCAAAUGGGCGAAGGAGACGAAGCCUUGGAAUAUUAUGCUAAGCACACAGCUCAGAUUGAGAUUGUGAGGCAGGACCGCACUAUGGAGCAGAUAGUUUUCCCUGUUCCAAAUAUCUGCGAGUUCCUUACCAAGGAAUCUAAACUGCGUGUGUACUAUACCACUGAACGGGAUGAGCAAGGGAGUAAGAUAAAUGACUUCUUUCUGAGCUCUGAAGACCUCUUCAAUGAAAUGAACUGGCAGAAGAAGCUUCGAGGACAGCCAGUUUUGUACUGGUGCUCACGUAACAUGACCUUUUGGAGCAGCAUCUCCUUCAAUUUGGCGGUCCUCAUGAACCUGUUGGUUGCGUUAUUUUAUCCCUUUGAAGGUGUCCGAGGAGGUACUUUGGAGGCACACUUAUCGGGCCUGCUGUGGACAGCUGUCUGUAUAUCUCUGGCCAUCGUGAUUGCCCUUCCUAAACCCCAUGGUAUCCGAGCUUUGAUAGCCUCUACGAUUUUGCGACUUAUAUUCUCAGUUGGUUUAGAGCCAACUCUCUAUUUGUUGGGAGCUUUUAACGUUGGAAAUAAAGUAAUAUUCCUGACUAGUUUUGUUGGAAACAGAGGAACCUUCACAAGAGGUUACAUGGCGAUGGUCCUGGAUGUGGAGUUUCUCUACCACCUAGCGUACACACUAAUAUCUGUGAUGGGACUUUUUGCCCAUGAAUUCUUCUAUAGCCUCCUGCUUUUUGAUCUGGUUUACCGAGAAGAGACAUUGCUGAAUGUCAUCAAGAGUGUCACUCGAAAUGGCCGCUCCAUCAUUCUGACAGCUGUGCUCGCUCUUAUCUUAGUCUACCUGUUUUCCAUAGUUGGCUUUUUGUUUUUCAAGGAUGACUUCAUUCUGGCAGUGGACAAGGUGUCAAACAAGACCUACUGGGCAGAAGAUGCUGCGUCAAUGGCAGAAGAGUUCCUGACUGCUGAUGUCUGUCGGCUUGGCAAUGGAGACAACUGUUCAACACUUUACUCUGUGGAAAGUAACGAGCUGCUUGCAGAGAAUGAAGAGGACUCGGAGCAUACUUGUGAAACCCUGCUGAUGUGUAUCAUUACUGUACUCAGCCAUGGACUGCGAAGUGGUGGAGGGGUUGGAGAUGUGCUCAGGAAACCUUCCAAAGAGGAACCACUAUUUGCUGCUCGUGUGAUCUAUGACCUUCUGUUCUUCUUCAUGGUCAUCAUCAUUGUCCUGAACUUGAUCUUCGGUGUCAUCAUUGACACUUUUGCUGACUUGAGGAGUGAAAAACAGAAGAAGGAAGAAGUUCUGAAAACCACCUGCUUUAUUUGUGGCUUGGAAAGGGAUAAAUUUGACAAUAAGACAGUAACAUUUGAAGAACAUAUCAAGGAAGAGCACAACAUGUGGCACUAUCUAUGUUUUAUUGUCUUGGUGAAAGUCAAGGACUCCACUGAAUACACUGGGCCAGAAAGCUAUGUAGCAGAGAUGAUCAAGGAGCGGAACCUGGACUGGUUUCCACGUAUGCGUGCCAUGUCAUUGGUUAGCAGCGAUGCUGAAGGAGAGCAAAAUGAGUUGCGAAAUCUACAGGAAAAGCUGGAGUCUACGAUGAAGUUGGUCACCAACUUAUCUGGCCAACUGUCGGAGUUAAAAGAGCAGAUGACAGAACAAAGGAAGCAAAAGCAACGAAUCGGUCUUCUUGGACAUCCUCCGCACAUGAACAUUAACCCACAGCAACCGGCCUAAUGAGUAGACGGCAUGUUCUAUCAAAAUAGAUGGGCUCAGGAUCUUUCACCCAACUACUGAACCAGUAUAAGUCAUCAAAUGUUUACUUGUGUGCACCAUAGGAAUAAAUGACACUUCUUUAUAGUCUUGGUUUCUUGCUACUUAUACCUAGAUCCCUAAGGAACUUUGUUCUGUCUCACUCAUUGACAUGUUCUGCUUCCAUUUCUGCCAAAGAAGGAAUCCCAAGUGUUCUUCAAAGGUCUCCAUUUGGAAGCAACAGAGUUGUAUAAUAAAAAAAAAAGCACAUUUGAAGAGCCGGCUGUCAAGAUAAUGGGUAGGGCAGAGGUUUUUGUAUGUACAGAAAAAUAGUUGUGUAACCAGUAUUUAAUGUCCUAUUUUUGUAAGUUUACUGUGCAAUAUGACUAAUGAAUAUGCAAAUACUCUAUAUAACUUUGCAUUUGUAGAUGAGCACUGAAAUGUACUACCUGUGAAGAGCCACAUUGUCUUUUGCUAAAUGAAUAGCCACCUGUUUAUUUUCUUUGAAGCUGAGAGAGAAUGAAUGGUAAAUUUUGUAUAUUUGCUGCCUUAGAUUAGUUUUGUAUAAGUACCUCAGUUUACAGAUGGCAGACAAGUCUGUGACCAAGAGAGUAGUGUUAAUGACAGAAAAUAUACACAAAGCACUAAUAUUAUACAAGUCAAGCGUGGUAUUGACAGUUGUAAGAUGCAUAAGAAAAGCUAUUUAAUAAAUAUGUAAAGCUGC